GCAGGUGGGGAAGCGGCAGCAGCGCCGCGGCAGCGCCAUGGAGCCCCCCCCGCGCCCCCCCCCGCUGCUGCUGCGGGGCCUCCUCCUGCUCUGGGCCGCAUCCGGACCGGGGCGGUGCCAGGAGGUACAGGCGGAGAACGUGACGGUGUUGGAGGGCGGCACAGCAGAGAUCACCUGUCACCUGCACCGCUAUGAUGGUUCCAUUGUGGUGCUGCAGAACCCGGCACGGCAGACACUGUUCUUCAAUGGGACACGGGCACUGAAGGACGAGCGGUUCCAGCUGGUGGAGUUCAGUCGGCGACGGCUGCGGCUGCGACUGUCGCGGGCCAGGCUGGAGGAUGAGGGGGGUUACUACUGUCAGCUGUACACCGAGAGCACGCACCAUCAGAUAGCUACACUCACUGUACUGGUGCCCCCCGAGGACCCGGUGGUGGAAGCCGGUACUGCAGCAGUGGAGGGGGCAGAGCUGGAGCUGAGCUGCCUGGUGCCCAGAGCGAGACCCCCAGCGACCCUGCGGUGGUACCGGGACCGGAGAGAGCUACCGGGCUCCAGCAGCCGCGAGCUGCAGGGGAAGGUGUUCAGGCAGCGGAACCUGCUCCGGCUGCGGGUGGAGCGUCGGGAUCAUGGAGCCAUCGUCACCUGCGAGGCCUCACACCCGGCCCUGGCGCGGGGACAGCGGCGCCUGACACAGUACAUGCUGGAUGUGCAGUACGCUCCCACUGCCCGCAUCCACCCAUCCCAGAGUGUCCUAAGGGAAGGUGACACCUUGGUGCUGACCUGUGCUGUCAAUGGCAACCCCCGCCCCACGGAGAUCGCCUGGAGCCGCGGGAACGACUCUCUGCCCCCGCGGGCGCGCGCCGAGGGGGAGGUCCUGACCCUGCCGGCGCUGGCGCCACAGGACAACGGCACCUACAGCUGCCACGUGGGCAACCGGCACGGCCGCGCCGCCGACCACUACGUGCUGGUGGUGUAUGACCCAGGUGCGGUGGUGGCGGCACCAAGGGCUGUCCCAUUCGCCAUCGUUGGGGGGGUGCUGGCCCUGCUGGUGUUCCUACUGCUCUGCCUGCUGGGGGCGCUGCUAUGGGGCUCCGUGCGGCAGAAAGGCUCGUACCUGACGCACGAAGCCAGCGGAUUGGAGGAGCACGGGGAGGCCAGAGAGGCCUUCCUGGGGGCCGAGAGCGGCAAGCGCAAGGAGGAGUUCUUCAUAUAGGGAUGCUAUGGGGCCUA